AUGGCAGCUACGGAGGCAGCAAAGCAAGCGAUCUGGCUUCAGGAACUGCUUGGUGAGAUUAUAGGAGGAUCUUGCGAGAAGGUGUUAAUACGAAUUGACAACAAGUCUGCCAUUUCGUUGACCAAGAAUCCAGUUUUCCAUGGAAGGAGAAAACACAUACAUAGAAGGUACCAUUUCAUUCGAGAAUGUGUCGAGAAUGAGUUGGUAGAAGUCGAGCAUGUUCCAGGAGACAAACAGAAGGCUGACAUUUUCACCAAACCACUUGGAAGAAUCAAGUUCAAGGAGAUGAGAGAGUUAGUAGGGAUUCAAGAUGUGUCUGAAGAAGGUUUCAAGCUUAAGGGGGAGAUUGUUGGAGUAAGCUUGAGGAAAGCUUGA